AUGCAGAGGCUAAAGCCUAGCGUCUCCAGUAAGCCUCCGUCGCGUAAGACACCCUUCCAGCCUGCUCAUGAGCUCCAGUAUGGACUAAAAGUCAUGGCGAAGGAUGCUAGCGGUGUAGUGUGCUCCGUGCGCUGUCAGUUUUGCAAAUAUUUUGGGAGAGAGGAAUCGAAGAACGGCAAGAGACGACGAACCCAAAACCAAAAGUUUUACAAGCCCCCAUAUCGACCUCAAUACUACACAGAUCAUAACACAACAGCUCAUGGUAUUAAGUGGGCGCAGUAUCAGGCCCUGAGCAGCGACGAGAAAUCGGCAUUUUUCUCUGGUCAAAUUUCACACAACAAUCAGUUAUCCUCCCACUACGAAGUCGAGUCUUCUACACUGAGCUUUGACAUUCCGGAGCAUAUAGUGACUGAUUUGAUAGGAAAAAUCUUUUUCAAUGACGAAGAUGAAGGCGCUUCAGAACCUGUCGCACUUCGAGCAUUUGGAGACGCUGAUGCAGGAGUUUACAGGCUACAAAUUAAAAUGCCCUUCCGAUUUAAUCUCGCUAUUCAGCACAUGAGUGCUGGGUUAUCAUUUCGUCAAGCUGCUACCGUUAUCCAGCAGCACUAUCAAGCAACGGGAAAUAAUAAACUGUACGGGAUGACGGAUACGCUGGCGAGUACCUACGCUAGGUAUCUCGUUGCUAUUUCUUUUCAGCGGAUCGGUGAGCUCAUGGCCAAUUCAUACAU